AUGGCAACUGGUAAAACGUUGUCAAUCGCGGAAAAAGUCAUCAGAGCCGUCGAAAAGGGCGACAAGAAGAAAGUGGAAAUUGCAAAGCAAUUCAGCAUUCCCGCAAGUACGCUCUCCACUUUUCUGAAAGAAAAAGAAAAGAUUUUGAAACUGUAUAGUGAGAAGAAGUCAUGUGGCUAUCAGAAGAGAAUGAGGGAAUGUGAGUAUACCGUCAUUGAACAAUGCGUUUUGAAGUGGUUUGUGCAAGCAAGGGAUAGGAACGUUCCUAUUGACGGGAAGCUUUUGCAAGCAAAAGCAGAAGAAUUUGCCAAAGAGUUGGGCCAUUCAGAAUUUAAAGCUAGCAAUGGAUGGCUGGACAAAUUCAAGAAAAGACACGGAAUUGUGUUUAAUAGGCUAUGUGGCAAAAGUGCGCAAGUGCAAGAAGAAGAUUGCAGUCAUUGGAUACAGAAACUGCCAGAAAUUGUUAAAGAUUACAGUCCUGAUGACGUCUUCAAUGCUGACGAAACUGGUUUAUUUUUUAAAUGCACUCCGGACAAAACAAUGACUUUCAAAGGUGAACCUUACCACGGCGGAAAGAAAAGUAAGGAGCGCGUGACUCUUCUUUUGGGCGCAAACAUGAGUGGGUUAGAAAAAUUACCCGCAUUGUUUAUUGGGAAAUCUUUGAAACCCAGAUGCUUCAAAAAUGUGAAAUCGCUACCUGUGCAUUACGAGGCCAAUAAGAAAGCUUGGAUGACAUCACAGCUUUUCUCCAAGUGGCAGAGAAAAGUGGAUGCAGCGAUGGUCCGGAAGAAAAGAAAAAUCAUUCUUUUCAUCAACAAUUGCACAGCACAUAACCAUAUCACUGUCAUGAAAGGUGUGACAAUCAAGUUUUUGCCGCCGAACACGACAUCUAAGCUUCAACCUCUGGACCAGGGCAUCAUUAACAAUUUCAAGUUGCGAUACCGCAAACUUGUUGUGAGAAAAUUGCUGCGGGAUAUCGAAGAUGAACGCCUACUAGGAACUGACCUGCUAGAAGCAAUGCGAAUGGCCCGGAGAGCUUGGGAACAUAUGGUGCUUCAGCUGUCUUUCCCAGUUCACCAACGAUCUUCUUGA